GCAUCAGAGAGUGAAAGUGCGGCCCACUUCCUGUCACAUAUUCCUCUGAGGGGGCGGCUUUAAGGAGGUUUUAUCAGUGUGACCCAGCUGGGUUUGAUGGUGCAGUCUUCACACUUCUUCAGACUGAUACUGACACACAGACACGCUGGUGACGCUGUGUGUGUGUGCUGGCAUGUGGUGUUUUGCGCUCGUGUUGAAGGUGGUGCUGUCAUUGCUGGGCAGUGAGAUGACCGUGGCUCAGCUCUCAUGUCCUGAGGUGUGCUCCUGUGCGGCCGGUGUGGUGGACUGCAGUAAACGCGGCCUCACCACGGCCAGCCUGCCCUCCUCCUUCCCUCCAUACACCACCGAACUCCACCUGAACGACAACCAUCUGACAGCUCUGCCCAACGGCCUGCUGGACUCACUGCCCGCCCUGCGCCUGGUCGCCCUCCACGGGAACCCGUGGUCAUGUGACUGCGGCAUCCUUUAUCUGAGAGGCUGGCUGCUCAAACAGAGAGACAACAACUCCAUACGGAACGUCAGCUGCAGUUCUCCUGCUCACCUGCGGGGGCGCGUGCUCGCCUAUCUGUCCGAGCACGAGCUGCUAGAGUCCUGUCGUUACUGGCUGUGUAACCUGGCUCUGGCCUCUCAGAUCAGCCUCUUCAUCUUCAUCGCGGUGCAGGUGCUCCUGCUGGCCUCUGUCAUCCUCUUCCUCCGGAGGUUUGAGCUGCUCACGCAGGAGGCGCGACGCACGGCCGCGGAGAGCUUCACGGCGGAGGAUGACGCGACGCGCAGCGAUGAAUACGCGAUAUUAAAAGACAGGAGAUUGUAGGACGAGACGGUCUUAAACCAGACCAAAA